AUGGGACCUGAAUAUCGUCAGAAAGUUAAUUUAUGUCGUUUCGACCCAUAUCUCUUAAAGAAUAGCGAAUGUAGAGAUGAUUUACGAUAUUUUCCGAGCAUCCAAUAUCCGGAUAUUGUAAACUAUCUCGUCCUCCAAACCUCGUGGGAAACAGGAGAAGAAAUGAAGGCGUACAAAGCUUUAGACGCGUAUAAUUUCUUUGUUUCCGGAUGGGUCAAUACUGUAUUCACCAAGAAAGUCGCUGAAUCGAAUUCAGUUGUUGUUACCGCGAGGGUAUAUCACUUGCAAAGAACCAGAACAACACCAUUGAGCACGUGGCUUCUCGCCGACGUGAGUGGUGAGGUAAUUCUAGGACACUGUGAUUGUAUGGCCGGCCUCUGCGAAGCAUGUUCCCAUAUUGCUGCCCUGUUAGUCGCAGUUGAAGCUGGAUAUCGAAUGAGAGACUCGGUGACAUGUACUGGAGAAAAAGGCCAAUGGAUAAUGCCGAGUUAUGUUAAAGAGAUCCCGUACAUGCCAGUCAGUGACAUGGACUUAACUUCGGCAAAUAAGUUACGAAAACAGCUUGAAGAGCCAGACGGGUCCAAGCAAAGAGCAGAAAAAAAGCGGCCUCAAAUUGAAGUGACUACUGCAUCAGAGAGAGAUAACUUUUUCAAAGAAAUAUUUAACUACGGAAAGUCUGCCAUCCUUUCACUGACUCCCCCAUACAAUUCAUCCUUUAUUUUUCAUGAGGAGCAGUCCAGAUGCUCUUCAGCAACUGUAGAAGAGCCAGAAUUGAUUGACGAAGUAUUUUCUGCUCUUCAUAUCAAUGCCAAAGAAGCUGACACAGUUGAAAGUGUCACAAGAAACCAGAAUCAAGCAAAAUUGUGGUAUACGCAAAGAGCUGCUAGAAUAACAGCCUCAAAAUUUAAGUCGACGUGCAGCAGUAAUCCAGAAAACCAUAAAAGAGUUUAA